AUGAGAAAUAACCCGAGGCGUUUUAAUAAGAAACAGAACGGUCAAAUUACUUUGCCCAACGAAAUUUGGUAAGUCUUUUUAAUUAAGUCGUGGACAACCCAAUUUGGAGGAUUAUUUCGGAAUCGGAAUACAAAAAAAUUUAUUUGCAGGGUUGAAAAACCGAAAAAUUUAAAAAAAUAUCUCACAAUUACUUUAACACAAAUGUUGAACCAUCGAAGAAGUCUUACAAUCACUCUAAAUCACUAAACUUCCCACUAGAACCACUAGAAUUUCCCUCCAAUUCCUCUUGUUUUUUCGAUCGGUUAAUCAAAAAAUUGAGCUCUCAAAUUUCUUGUAAAUAUUUUUGUAAAUUUGACUUGUUACUCUUCCCUUUUUCAGGUCUCUGAUUUGCACAGAAUUAAGUCCAUUCGAUCUGCUCAACCUGAGGAGAGUAAAUCGGCAGUUAAAUGAGUUGGUCACCGAUAAAUUGAAGGCUUUAUUCUAUCUGGAUCUCCUCCGAUGUGAUACGGAACAGCUGAGUAAUGACGAAUACGAAGACGGUAUGUUUACUGUACUUUUCAAAUUAUUUUUUGUGAACAAAAAUGGCUUUGUAACGUCUGUUGAGUGCAGUCUGACCAAAGGGCAUUCUUUUUUGAUGACUUUUAUCAAGCCAUGUUUCGCUGUAAUAUCUGGAGAUCUCUUGGAGAAAACCAUUUACAAACUGUUUGGAGGUCACCUGGUAGAAAUUUAGAGAACAAUCAGCAUAAAUUGAAUAGUUAAAGGAAGAAUAUAUUCUGCCCGAUCUUUUAUCCUUUAUCGUCCAGCUUGUUGGACCCCCAAGAAUGAUUGAGACGCUUUAUUAUGACUUUUAAAACCUCAAAAAUUAAUCCGAGUUGGGCGGAUAUGAUGAUAAAACGCACGUCAAUCCAGCGUAGUUGGAUUGACUACUUCCUGGCCAAACAAUGUGGCAUUUCGCCACAAAUAGAAUUUUGGAGAAGAUUUGAAGAUCUUUGGAUGUUUCUUUCGAUCGAGGACGAAAGGGUCCGAAAGGUCCGCUAAAAAAAGGGAGAGAGGACCGCGGGGAAGAGGCGGGGGGAGGGUAAUCGAUGUCGCUGAUUUCAAAAAUCGUAUCCAUUUUUGCUGAAUUUUACAAUUUUGCUUAAGUAGUAGUUUUAAGUAGUAAUUUUUUGAAUUUUUUCGUUGAAUAAUGGAUUUAGAGGUUCUCGGUGUGCUGAUUUCAAAAAUCGUGAUUAUUUUUUCUGGAACUUGCAAUGUUGCUGAAGCAGUAGUGUAAAGUAGUAAUAUUCAAACAAUUCUCAUUAAAUAUCGGAUAAAGGGGUAGUCGGAUGGCUCAGAUUUUAAGAAUCAUAGUAUUUUCUUUUUAUUUUUACAAUUUUAUUUUACAGGAUUUUUUUUUAAUUGUUUCGACUAAUAUUCUGCAGGCAAUCCAUUAUGCUUAUGUCAAAAUUAUAUCUCAUUUCACAUGUCAAGUCACAGAUAUUAGAGAGUGUCAAAUCUUAAAUAUCAGAGAUACUCAACAAAAAGAUAGAGAAACUUAAAAAAUGUAAGAUUUAGAAAAAAUGAAUUUUUGAAAUGAGCGCCCUCAAAAACCCCUAUAUCUACAAGAACACAACACUACUACCUAAGAGAAACAAGUAACGGUCCGGAAAAAUUAAUUUUCGAAAUCAUUUGAGCGGUCCUUUUUUCCUCAGCGGACCUUUUCGUACCCAACGAUUUUUGGGUACGGUUUUAGAGGAAUUGUUUUGAGGUUUUCAAAGCGAAAAACUUGUGUCUUUACAAAAAUAUACACGUGUGCAAUUUGAAUAAAAAAAGUAAAAUGCGGGGAAGAUUGCAACAUAAAUAUUUACGGUUUUCCAGAAGACUUCCAUCAGCUCAAAAAGACGAACAUUUACAUGCAUCUGGAUGAACGGAGUGCCGUGGUUAUGGUGGAUGAUAGAUGGACCUCCAAAGAUGUGUAUACAUUAUGGGAGGCCAUUCAAUUUUUCGCUCCUUUUGUUAGAUGCUUAACAGUAAGUGUGGGCAUUGUGAUUAAUGGUAUUUUGCAAUCUUUCUUUACGAAUACCCCCUUAUUCUUUCUUGAUUUCAGAUAGAUGUUGCCUUAGCCGAGUUAAUAGUAGCGGCCUUAAGUUCAGUUAAAUUAAGUCGAUGGUACGCUUUCCAAUGUUAUGUGGAUACAGUUGGACAGCAUGGAGUGGAAGAACUGCAUAUGAAGUGUAACAAACAGACCAACCACAAGCGAGUUUUGUUCCCUCAGAUGACGGAAGUAAGCUUUUACGUACUUUUAAUCCUUUUGCUUUGCUUACAAUUAAUUUACACAUUUUUUUACUUCCCUAAAAUUUGACCUUAUAGAUUUCCCUGUCUGAGCUGUUUAAAUUUCGUUUUCUACUCGUAUCUCCAUUAAAUUUAUUCAUUUUUUCCAGUUUACCCUCAGGGCAAUGCCUUCAGACCUGGCGCAUUUAAGCCGUUUAUCAGAUUACGGCGUGCAGAAGGAGGCCAUCUUCUCAAACGAGUGUAUUCAACUGGUUAGAUGCACAUUAUUGGAGCCGACGGGGACAAAGAUGCCCGGCGAAAAGACGAUUUGCACAAGAUUCGGGGCCAAAAGGCCUCAUCAACACCUGAGGGCGUUCAAACAAUGGAUCGGAGCGGAGAAUCUGAAGGAAAAAUAUAUGCAACAGUACUCGACAUGA